AUGGCUGCCUGUUGCUUCAGGCCCUCAACGUCAGAAGCUCUGGGGCGUCUCAGUGCUGCUGCUUUCGUGAGGAGAGAAACAGCGCAGAAGAUCCUAACCAUAGCCAAACAGGAGCUGCUGCGGCUGGUGCUGCAGCGCAGCAGCAGUUUGCCGUCGCUGGUGAUUGUGUCUCACCUUGAGGUGUACAGACACUCCAACAUCGGAGCAGCAGCAGCAGCAGCAGAAUGGUCGGAUAACACUUGGCUGUUUGUGCUGCGAGACCCCCUUAUUGGGGUGCUGCCCAGCAGCAGCAGCAGCAGCAGCAGCAGCAGCAGCAGCAGCGGACCCGCAGCAGCACAGAGAAGCAGAAGCAUGCAGCUGCAGACGGAGCAGCUGCUGCAAGAGCUGAAGCGGCAGCAGCUGCAGCACGAGCAGGGGCAGCAGCAGCAGCUGCUGCUGGAUGCAGAAGAUGAACCUCCCGAGUUCCUGGGCAUUGCUGCGGAUUUCGGUUUAGACAGCAGCAGCAGCAGCAACAGCAGCAGCAGCAGCAGCAGCAGCAGCAGCGGCAGCAGCGGCAGCAGCAGAGGCAUCAAGAUGGCUCGUUUGCAGCCGCUGCCUUCCGCUGCUGCGUCAGCAGCUGAAGAGCUGGCCGAUCGCCCCCAGCAGCAGCAGCAGCAGCAGCAGCAGCAGCAGCAGCAGCAGCAGCAGGUGUCGCUGGAAAGCACUGAGGUGUUCAGACACCACGGCUUUGUCCGCGCCUGGCUGCAGGACAAAUCGGCCCUUGCUGAUGCAGUGCAGCAGCAGCAGCAGCAGCAGCGCAGCAGACUCGAAGAGAGAAAACGAAAAAUCGGCGUUGGCUAG